AUGGCUGACAUGCAUUCCAAACCCCAACGUGCGCUAGUGAUUGGGGCCACAGGAGUCUCGGGGUGGUCUCUGUGCCUACAAUUACUCCAAACUCAGACUCCAUCGGCAUUUGAGAGUGUUGAUCUUCUCACAAAUCGUCCUGUUUCCUUAUCAGACGCGCAAUGGCCUACGGAUAGCCGACUGCGCGUCCAUAGCGGAAUUGAUCUGAACAGAACCAGCGAGGAAGUCAUUGGCAGCUUUCGAGGAAUACCUGACAUUGGGGAAAUUACUCAUGUGUUCUACGUUGCGUGCGGAAUGUCGCCAACAUACGAUUUUGCUGAGACAGCCAAAAUCAACGUCCAAAUGACGAAAGCGGCCCUGGACGCCAUUGAAGCGGUUGCAGUCUGCACAAAACACAUCUCCUUCCAAGCAGGCUCCAUUGUUUACGGCAUCCCGUUUGCUGACUGGUUGGGUGACAACUUCCGACCGGGCCCUUUCAACGAAUCGUUUGCACGAGUGCCCCCUCCCUUCUCAGACAUGGUGAGCCAUUAUCGUCAGGAAGAUUAUGUCAAAGCGAUGGCGGACAAGAAUUCAUGGACCUGGUCGUCCAUUCGGCCUGAUACCAUCAUAGGCUUCACCCCAAGAAACAGCCCUCAUUGCUUGAGCGUUUCUUUGGGUUUAUACUUUGCAUUUUACCGAUACGUCUACGGCAAGGGUGCUGUUCUCCAUUUUCCAGGUUCCGAGUCGGCCUGGAAGGCAGAUUUUACCGUGAUUGGCCAAGACCAAUUGGCAAGAUUUCACAUCUUCACCAGCACUCAUGCUGCAUCGAACGGCACCCCCGGCGCUCUGAACAUAUCAAAUGGGGAGACGACUUCCUGGGAGCAAAUUUGGCCAAAGAUUGUGCAGUACUUCGACCUCGUUGGUGCCCCUCCAGAACCAAAGAUGGCCGAAGGUGAUUCCGAUGAUGCAAGCUCCCCUCGCUUUGGACCCGAGUGGUUUCAGGGCGUCACAGCUAAAGCAACGGAAUUUGAGGCCGAGUAUGGUUUGCAGCCCGACUUUGUAACCAACAUCGCCUGGCAGUAUCUUACCUUUCUAUUGAAUCUGAAGAUUGAUCGAGUACUGGACAUUGAAAAGGCGCGGGAUUUGGGAUUUCUAGAGUCUUCCAACACAGUGUCCGACUUUGAAAAGAGCUGGGAUCAUAUGCGAAAAGCGAGGAUAAUACCAUCCGUAGAACAGAGCGAUUGA